UUCGGGGUGCGCGGGUACCCCACCAUCAAGUUCUUCAGGAACGGUGACAAGGCGGCUCCCAAGGAGUACACGGCGGGCAGGGAAGCCGAUGACAUUGUCAGCUGGCUGAAGAAGCGCACGGGCCCGGCGGCAACCACCCUGACAGAUGCUGCUGCAGCAGAGACGUUGGUGGACUCCAGUGAGGUGGUGGUGGUUGGUUUCUUUAAGGAUUCGACAUCAGAGGCUGCGAAGGAGUUCUUGUCGGCAGCAGAAGCUGUGGAUGACAUUCCUUUUGGGAUUUCCUCCAGUGCCGAUGUCUUUGCCAAGUACCAGCUGAGCAAGGAUGGCGUGGUGCUCUUCAAGAAGUUUGAUGAAGGCCGUAACAACUUUGAAGGGGAUCUCACGAAGGAUAACAUCAAGUCGAACUCGUUGCCUCUGGUCAUAGAGUUCACGGAGCAGACUGCUCCAAAAAUCUUUGGAGGAGAGAUCAAGACUCACAUUCUGCUGUUCUUACCAAAAAGUGUGUCUGACUACCAAGAGAAACUGGACAACUUCAAGAGUGCAGCUGGGAACUUCAAAGGGAAGAUCCUGUUCAUCUUCAUCGACAGUGACCACAGUGACAACCAGAGGAUUCUGGAGUUCUUUGGCCUGAAGAAAGAAGAAUGUCCGGCUGUACGGCUGAUCACACUGGAGGAAGAAAUGACCAAAUACAAACCCGACUCGGAUGACCUCACAGCAGACAAGAUCAAAGAGUUCUGUAACAAAUUCCUGGAGGGCAAGAUCAAGCCCCACCUGAUGAGUCAAGAUCUUCCUGAAGACUGGGACAAGCAGCCUGUCAAAGUUCUAGUUGGGAAGAACUUUGAAGAAAUUGCUUUUGAUGAGAAUAAGAAUGUCUUUGUGGAGUUCUAUGCCCCCUGGUGCGGUCACUGCAAGCAGCUGGCUCCUAUCUGGGACAAGCUGGGAGAGACCUACAGGGACCACGAGAACAUCGUCAUUGCCAAGAUGGACUCCACGGCCAACGAAGUCGAGGCAGUGAAGAUCCACAGCUUCCCCACACUCAAGUUCUUCCCUGCAGGCUCUGGCAGAAAUGUAAUUGACUAUAAUGGCGAGAGGACACUAGAAGGCUUCAAAAAAUUCUUGGAGAGCGGAGGUCAGGAUGGGGCAGCAGCUGAUGAUGAUCUGGAGGACCUGGAGACGGAUGAGGAAACAGACCUUGAGGAAGGUGAUGAUGCUGAUGAGCAGAAAAUCCAAAAGGAUGAAUUGUAAAGAGAAGGCUGAUCUACAUCACCCCAAAAAUCAGACACUAAACGGGCUGCUGUUCGGCAGCCCAGCGAGUCAAACCCGUUAAGAUUUAAAGCAGAAGGUGAAUGACUGGAAAUCCAGGGAUUGGCUUUUAAAGUAACACUUUACCCUCACUUGUCUGUACACUUGACUCUUUUCUUUCUUUUUGCUUUUGAGAAGGGAUCUGUCACUAGGUAGCCAGCUGGGGUCUUUUUUUUUUUUAUUGUGAUGUACUUUUUUUGUACACAGCUUUUGUUUGAGGUAUUCUGUUCUCCUGGGUAGAAGCAGAUUGAAGCAGUAGCACGAGGUCAGUGGCCCAGCAUUCUGGAGCCUUGCCACUAAUAUCUUCCCAGAAAGCUUAUUUUCCUUUUUCUUUUAAAACUAAAGCCCAUAGUUGAUUUCUCCACCUGGCAGCAUCCUGAAUGGUCUCAGCUGUUCUUCCCUGGAACCAGCGUCUGUAGGGGAGGAGGCAGGGGGCUGGUGACAUUGUCCUGGUGGGAGGUGGAGAGGAACGUGCUUCUCUUCAUGCC